AGUCUGCAAUACUCAACCCGUCUUGGUGUCCUGUUUUAAGAACUCAAUCAUUCUUAGGUAGACAGCAACAGGAGAAAAGUUAGCAUAUUAAUUGUAGUAAGAAUACUUUGUAUGUAGAGUAGUGCAGCCUGGCGGACAGCUUACGGUUUUGGCUACUCAUUAUCAAGAAAUGAGAUGAGCUCUGCCUGGGGACGAUGGCAGCGAAGAGUUUGAGCAGGGUAACAGAAAAAAGAGAGGAAGGGAGUGAACAGCUGGAUCGGUCUUUACAACUGAUGCUACAGGCCAUAGCAGAGGAGAGAAGUCGGAUUAACAUCAGGCAGGAGAUAAGUGGUUUGGGAUGUUUUAAAGAUGACCGAAUAGUUUUCUGGACUUGGAUGUUUUCUACCUACUUUAUGGAAAAAUGGGCUCCCAGGCAAGAUGACAUGUUGUUUUAUGUUCGAAGAAAACUGUCCUGUGUAAUCACAGAUGGUAGCAAUGAGAAAAAGGUUGAAGUGGAAGUUUAUAGAAGGGAUUCCAAAAAGCUGCCAGGACUGGGUGACCCAGAUAUUGACUGGGAGGAAAGUGUGUACUUGAACCUCAUUUUGCAAAAGUUGGAUUACGUGGUGACCUGUGCUGUCUGUACCCGCUCAGAUGGAGGAGACAUUCACAUCCAUCGAAAAAAGUCACAGCAAGUAUUCGCAUCACCUAGUAAACACCCAAUGGACAGUAAAGGAGAAGAAUCCAAAAUGAGCUACCCCAACAUUUUUUUCAUGAUUGAUAAUUUUGAGGAGGUUUUCUACGAUAUGACGGUUGGGGAAGGAGAGAUGGUCUGUGUAGAACUGGUUGCUAGUGACAAAAACAAUUUUUUCCAGGGUGUCAUCUUUCAGGGUUCCAUACGCUAUGAAGCACUCAAAAAAGUCUAUGAUAACCGGGUGAGUGUUGCUGCUAAAAUGGCUCAGAAGAUGUCAUUUGGUUUUUAUAAGUAUAACAACAUGGAAUUUGUGCGAAUGAAAGGACCUCAAGGAAAAGGUCAUGCCGAGAUGGCAGUGAGUCGAGUGUCAACAGGUGAUACAAGUCCUUAUGGCACAGAAGAAGAUUCUAAUCCUGAUUCACCAGUACAUGAAAGAGUAACAUCCUUCAGCACUCCCCCAACACCUGAAAGGAACAAUCGGCCAUCAUUUUUUUCACCUUCAUUAAGAAGAAAAAUGCCCCGUAACCGAAUUGCAGAAAUGAAGAAGUCUCAUUCUGCAAAUGACAGUGAAGAAUUCUACAGAGAAAGUGCGGAUAAUGGAGCUUCCAAGCCCUGUGUUGAGAGACUACAGUCUCUCUAUCAGAAGCCCUGUAAGGCUUAUGAAAUACAACUGAAUCUGAAGGAAAACACAACCUAG